CAACUAACCCACACACACUCCAUUAAGCAGACCACCUGCGUGUCGAGGAUUCGGGAAUCUGACAUCGCUGGGCAACAUAUCAUCCGCAAAGGUAGAAUCGCUGCUCGUGACUAGAGCACCACUUUCCCCAUGCCCCUCGCUCGGGGUACGAUCCUCCUGUCAAUCUUUCGACGAGACCCGUUCUUAGCUAUCACGGGUACGACUUUUAUCCUGGUCAUUGCUUAUAGCAUUUUCCACACUCCUAAUCCGGCCUCAUCAUCUAUCCAAUGGCCGGGGUUUCUCCCUUCCCAUUACCCACCCGCUGCACACGCCAAUAAUCCUCUUUUGAACCAGAAACUUUCAGCCGCAUCCCAGUCCCUGUUGGAGGUUUGCCGGUCCUACGGAGCAUUAGAACAGGUCUACGUCGACCCAGGUCUCACAGACUCUCAAACAAGACGCUAUGCUCAUUUGAAAAAGGCACCGCGAUCCUACCUCCCAUCUACUACUUCGUCUCGUCAGAGGAUCCUCGUGGUAUCGACCAUCAGGGAAAUUCACAAUCAACUCCCGGACCUUUUAAACACCCUCAUUGUAUUGGUCACUUUUCUCGGUGCGGAGCGGCUCACGUUCUCAUUCAUAGAAGGACCAAGUGACGACUGUACAACUCAAGCUUUUGACCGGGUCAUUGGGCCUACAUUACUGUCUCUAGGAAUUCCACAGAACCAAUUGCAUCUCAUCACUGGUGAGGACAAGAUUGAUUUCGCAAACCAUAAUCGCAUUGCCGUUCUCGCCGAUUUACGAAACCGAGCUUUGGCACCAUUAUGGUCAACCGCAACCGGAGCAAAAGGAUCAUCCUCUAGCCAGAGCUAUCAAGCAGUGGUCAUGAUGAACGAUGUGUUUUUACACGCGAGAGAUGUGCUCGAAUUGCUGCAUCAACACGUCGUUUCCAAAGCGAGUUUAACGGCGGGAUGGGACUGGUGGAGGAGACGGCCGGGCUACUUUUACGAUAUAUGGGUGGCUAGGACGAUCGACAAGGGCGAUCUUUUCUAUCCCAUUACAGGUACAUCGUGGUCCCCUUCUACCGAUCUUUUCUUCAACUCCCCCGCCACACGUUCCGCAUACGAUUCACUACUUCCCUUCCAAGUCUACUCUGCAUGGAAUGGUCUAGUCGUCCUUGACCCAGCGCCAUUCUUGCCGCCAUACAACGUCAGGUUUCGAAAAGGUGAUGCGAGCAAAGGCGAAUGCACAGCUAGUGAAUGCACACUCGUCGCUCAGGAUUUCUGGGCCAAUGGCUUCGGUAGAGUGCAAGUCGUACCCUCCGUACAGCUCGCGUACGAAAUUCAUCCAGCCAAAGAGAAUCGGGAUGAUCUAGCGAUGCAACAGGAGAAAUUAGGCUGGGUAGACGGUGUCCCGCCAGAGUCAGAGGCAACAAUAUCUUGGUCAACCACACCUCCGCCGAGGGUUCGAUGUCAUCCUUGGCCAGAGAUCAACGGUAUAAGCGCGAAUGUCUGGGAGAAGACAUUAUGGGUGGACCCGUUGUCGGGCCAGCCAGUGUGAACCGCUUGUCCUCAAGGGAAGCCUGGGUCAAACAUUGUAUGCCACGAGCAAUGCAUUGAUGCAAUAGUAAGAAU